UUCACAGCGGCACACUAGGGACGCGACUGUUAAGGCUGCACAAAGGAAAGCCGCAACACAGGACGAUAAGGCUAGGAACCAGACUACCGAAACAUUCGACUUGCCGCUAUCAUUCCUGCUGUAAUCGCAGGGUUGGUAUUGACAAUCAGAACCGCUGACUUGCCCCUGCGGGAAAUGAGGGUGUUCAUGGAGCCUGUGCUAUACUUACAGGCCUGAUAUGAAUGCCCUGUCCGAUAACCACCUGACUGAGUGGCGAGAGGCGAACGACGAGUAACUACUGAAGUCAUCAGAACAAGUUCCGUGGAAUCUGCUGUCAUUACCCGUUCAUUGCGUCACUGUUCACCCGAUCCAGUAUAUAACUUCCUCGUUCCCACUCGUUCUCAUCUACCACAACCCCCACCAUCAUCAUCAUGGCAGACACCUGGACGGACGGUCUCCUGCUCAAACUCAUCAACGUUGUCUGCUACUUGUUCUUCCUAGGUUCAAACAUUUAUACCGUCGCUUCCCCCACCGGUGUCUACUACAGCACAAAGUUGACCUACAUCACUCCUGCUCCUUGGGCAUUCCUCAUCUGGUCCCUCAUUCACCUCUUACUCCUCGGCACCGUCAUCUACCAAUUCUUCGCCGAUGGAAAGCGAACCAUUAUUGACGGUAUCUCUUGGAGAUUCCCUCUCCUCGCUGUCCUGAACGCCAUUUACGUCAAUGUAUGGGCGAGACAUCACUAUAUCGUUGCAUUCGUGCUCGCCUUGUUUGUUUCGUCAGCCGUCACCCACAUCUACUACAUCGUCAAAAAGCACCACAGCUCUCAAAACACCGCCGACGAGCUAUUCACGCAUCUGCCAUUCUCCCUUUAUCAUGGUUGGACAACCGUCCUUGUUGUUCUCACUGCAUUCGAGGCCUUUGGUGUUGAUGCUCUCGAAAAGCCUGCUGGAAUCUGGACCAAAGUCUUUGUCUUCUUGGGAAUGUUCUUCUUGGAAGCAACCGCAGCUACAUAUGCCUUCUCUUCUCCCGAAGGCGACCUUCCCGCUUCGAUUGCUAUAGCAUGGUCCCUUUGGGCCAUCUUUGCUCAGCAAACCAGCGAUGCUUUUAUCCAUUGGUCUGCCCUUGGGUUCUCCAUCCUCGCCCUCGUCUGGGUCGUCAAGGGUGCGUUUGGCAUGUCGAGGAGAUUCGGAGGACAUGUUGCCUUGUCGGACGAGGAGCGUGCGCCCUUGGUCCCAGGAUCGUAAACUAGCCGUCAAGGUUUGAUUAGGUUUCCCUAUCUUUUACCAAUAUGUUUGUUCUUGUCUUACUUUCAUCUUCACCUCUGCACGUUUCUAUGUCGUAACUAUCGAAAGUGUGGCAACCUUCGAUUUGCUUUUACUUUGAUCUAUCUAAACAAAAUCUGGACGUGUUUAUACAAGUAUCACACAGAAUGUAUCAAUAAUCUUCAGGAAAUUGAAGGUGUCCUUGUCACGUCGCGA